UGAAUGAACGCUUGUUUUCUUUGGUGGUCGGUGCAAAGUCCUGAAGCAUCUUGGAGACCGAAAUACGCGAGAAAUCCGGAGCUACUGGAGACGACACGACUGUCAUUGUAUAUCUUUUAAAGAAAUCAAGCGUUUGUAGAGCUCUGUGUGGGUUUUUUUUAUGGAAAAGAUUUAAAAUCUAUUCAACAUCCUUUUGUCUUUAAGACACUCAUAAACAAAGAGCAGUACAAUAGCUUAUUUUCUUCAUCAGACAGUGGGAAGGUUUUUCACUUUUGCAAAUUUGAGUAUUUCACUCAUAUUUUGGCUCGACAAAAAGGGACUUUUCAAACAAAAACAGGCCGUUGUUGUGAUGAAGGAGACAAAGCGGCUGACAGGGAGACAAGACUGCAUAAACAAACCCCAGCUCUGCCAAUGAUGACAACCAGAGAGGUGCACUUUGGCCAAAGCUGUCAUUUUUGAUCUACAUCAGACGAAAGUGGAGAGGACUGUGUUUUUAUAAGACUGGACCAGUGUUGUGACAGCAUCAUCCGACUCCCGGUAGAUGCUUUUCUCCUUGACUCUCUUCCUGCUGAGGAUCUAUCGAUAUUUCUCCAUCAUGUUCAGCUCAGACAGGCUCACCGUCCCGGAGUACGUGAGCCGGCUGCAGAGAGGCAGGAGCGGCUCCGGCUCCGGCCCCGGCCCCGAGCCCAAGGCCGUGUCUCCGGGCAUCAGCGCCGACGUGCAGGCGGUGCUGGACGGCGCGCUGCCCGCGCUGCGCUGCGCCAUCCGCAGGCUGAGAGCGGCCGAAGGAUGCUCGGACUCGGACGAGACCCGCAGGGCCGUGGCGGAGAUCUACCAGCUGGUGGAGGAGGCCUGGGUCUUACCCAGCGUAGGCAGGCAAGUGGCCGAGGAGAUCUGCAACAGGAUCCGGCUGGACGGAGGCCUGGAGCUGCUGCUGCAGCUGCAGCAGACGCACGCAGUGGAGAUCAUCUAUGAGUCUGCAAAACUGCUGGAGCAGAUACUCAUCUCAGAGAACAGGGACUAUGUUGCUCGCAUGGGUCUGGGGGUCAUUCUCAACCUGACUCGACAGCAGGAAGACGCUCAGCUGGCUCGCAGUGUUUCUGGUAUCUUGGAGCACAUGUUCAAACACUCAGAGGAGACUUCCAUCCAGCUCAUCACUAAUGGCGCCCUGGAUGCCCUUCUCUUCUGGUGUAGAGGAACGGACCCCACUGUCCUGCGUCACUGUGCCGUGGCAUUAGCCAACUGUGCCAUGUAUGGAGGCCACCGUUGCCAGCGAUGGAUGAUUGAGAAGCAGGCGGCUGAGUGGCUUUUCCCUCUGGCUUUUUCCAAAGAGGACGAGCUCAUUCGCUUCCACGCCUGCCUGGCUGUGACUGUGUUAGCUGCAAACCGAGAAAUAGAGAAAGAAGUGGUGAAAUCUGGAACCUUGGAGCUGGUGGAGCCAUUUAUCUCAUCUCUGGAUCCAGAUGACUUUGCCCGCAGUUUACAGGACAGCGCGGACUGCAUGCAGGGGAAGACGGCAUCUGACCUGCAGCACCUCUUACCGUUACUGGAUGGCUCAAGAGUGGAGGGAAAGUGCAUUGCAGCCUUUUAUCUUUGUGUUGAAACCAGCAUCAAGUCCCGCCAGCGCAACACCAAGAUAUUUCAAGAGAUCGGUGCAGUGCAGAGCCUAAAAAGAAUUGUCAUGUACUCCAGUAAUGGCACAGCCUGCUCCCUCGCUAAGCGGGCGCUCAGCAUGAUGGGAGAAGAAGUGCCCAGACGAAUCCUGUCUUGUGUGCCGAACUGGAAGAGCUGUGAGGUGCAGAAGUGGCUGCAGCAGAUUGGCUUUAGUGCCUACUGUGAACGUUUCCAAGAGCUUCAGGUGGAUGGAGACCUCCUGCUGAAUAUCACAGAUCAAGAUCUGAGCUCUGAUUUGGGAAUGGCUGCAGGCCUCAGCCGUAAGAGAUUUUUGAGAGACUUAAAGGUGCUGAAAACUUAUGCCAACUACUCGACAUGUGACCCAAACAACAUGGCUGACUGGCUGGUGGAUGUGGACCCUCGUUUCCGCCAGUACACCUACGGCAUGGUCCAGUCAGGAGUGGACCGCGGUAACGUCCACUCCCUGACCGACCACCAGCUGGAGCGCGACUGCCACGUUGAAAACGGAGUCCACAGAGCAAAGAUACUCUCAGCCAGCCGCAAGCCACUGAAGCCCUGCCAGACGGACGCCCAGCCUGCGGGGCCCGAUGUGUUCAUCAGCUACCGUCGGACCACCGGCUCACAGCUGGCCAGCCUCCUGAAGGUGCACUUACAGGUCAGAGGAUUUAGUGUCUUUAUAGACGUGGAGAAGCUGGAGUCGGGCAAAUUUGAGGACAAACUGAUUCAGAGCGUACAGAGAGCCCGUAACUUCAUCCUGGUUAUGUCUGCAAAUGCUCUGGAUAAGUGCAUGGGAGACACGGCCAUGAAGGACUGGGUGCAUAAGGAAAUAGUCACAGCCCUGGCCGGUAAGAAGAACAUAGUUCCUGUCACAGAUAACUUUAUGUGGCCUGAUCCCAUGUCACUGCCAGAUGACAUGAGAGCUAUUCUCAACUUUAAUGGCAUCAAAUGGUCCCAUGAAUAUCAGGAGGCCACGAUUGAGAAGAUCAUCCGCUUUUUGAAAGGACACCAGGACCUAGUCGACGGCCCAGAAGGGUCCAAAGGGCAGACAAAAGAAAUAAAGUGAUUCCAACGCAACAGUUUAUGGAGUAUUAAUGAUGCCAGCUUCCACAUGUGCUGUUGAGAACUGUUUUGCAGUUUCCUCCGCUCUGCCCAAAUGCAUGUGAUGAAGUCUAGAUUACAUGCUCACACAAAUGGCUAAUGAAUAAACUUCCUCUAUAACCAAUUAGCAAACUUAAAAAGAGUUUCAAAUUGUAAAUACAAACUAUAAGCCUUUAAUGUUAUUGCGCAAUGGUGAUGUAUAUGUGUAACCAGGUUCAGUAUACACUCUGUAUCUCAGGAAAGUAACUGUGAUAAAUUAGCCAUCACUGGUGCCCAGCAAAUCCUUAAUAGCAAUUUCUCAAGCACCCAUUAACACUGCAGUCUCGAUCAAAGUUAUUGUAUAUGCAUUUUUUUUGUUGAACCUGUACAUAAUAAAUCCAUUUA